CUUCGGAUUAUUUUCAGCAGUGGUGAGUUUGUGUCGGAGCCGGUAGGAUUGGGGGUAACUUCUGAUCUUUGGCACCUCGACGUCUUCAUUUUCAUGCAUUAUGAAGAAAACGAGAAAGAAAUAUCACUUGACGAAGAACAUCACACGUAUCUGUACAUGUUUAUGCUAGCCGGUCACAAUGUCAUUAUGAUGAACAUUUUGGAAUAUGAUCACGCACAAAAUUCUCUCUUAUAAUCAGGAAUAGCCUACAUUAUGUUAUAAUGUAGUUUAUAACAACAUUAUAAGUGAUCAAUAAUUAUUGCCAAUUUAAUCCAUUUUAUAAAUCAUGAUAAUCUUGAUCAUGUAAUACAUUUUGUGUAUUGCUUGUAUUUACAAUGUGAUAAAUUGUUUUCCAAAAACAGACCAAAAGACAUGUGCUAAUUGAAAAGGAGAUUGCAUAAACGUUUUUUUAAAACUAUGUUGAUUAUUAAAAAGAAGCAAAUAGUAGAAUUAUCUGAAAUGGCUCUUAGGUUUACAGAAAGGCCAUGAAAGUCCCAGGCAGAGAAAGAAGCAGUAAAGAGAAAGUUAUAUUAUGUUUGGGCAGUGAAAUAAUCCUCAUUCUCAUAUUUUACCAUUUGCAAAGUGUUUGGUACACUAUAAGAUAUGAACAAUCAGCAAAGGCCUUUACUGACACAAUUUUUCAAGUUUAGAGUGGAUGCAAAAAAAUAAGAGGCGUAUGUUUAAGAUGAAUUUGACGAUAGGUAGAUCACAAGAAAGAAGUUUGCACCCUAACUUGCAUUAAUGCAUUAUAGGAUUAAAUGCAAUGCACAGCGUACAGAAUGGUGUACAUCAUAUGCAUGUAUGUUUGUGCGCACUUUGUCUUGUGUAACUGUGUGCAAGUAUUCCUCACACCCUCUUCCUCACAUACCUCAUGGAACACCUGACAAAAUUUUGCUUUCUUUGCUUACUACAGAUUCUACAGGUUUUAUUUCUAGUCCCUUUUCUCUGUCCUUACUCUCCUAACCCCCUUUCUCCUUCCCUCAAGGUACCAGUCCAGUCAGCAGCACCCGCAGGUGCAGCAUGUGAUGCCAUAUCACAAUAUGGGCCAUUAUGCUGAGGGUGCAAUUGAAGAGGAGCCCGUCAUGGCCGAGCUGUCUGUCCAUCGGGAUCCAUCGCUUUACCAGGAAGCUUUUUGCCAUAGCUACCCUCCAGUCCCAACUCCCUACCAGGAGCAGGCCUACCAACAGAAUUUCAGGGAGCUGCCGCAGCAGCAGCAGCAGCACCAGCAGCAGCAGCACCAGCAGCAUCCUUCAGUCAUGCAACCCCCUCAGCAUCACCACAUGAUACAACAGAAGGAGCCGCGUCUUAAGCUCCGACUUCAGCCUUCUGGGCCACCUCAAGCUGUGACACCAGUGAAAAAGAAGAGGGGACGACCUCCUAAACAGCAUACAGAUGAUGGCGAAAUGCAGGAGGAGGACACUGAUGCUGAAGCAGCAAAAAAAGCCAAGAGAGCUCUGAACCGUUUCAACGGCAUGUCGGUGGCGGAAGUCAUGGCCAAAACCCUCCCCGAUGUUAUUACAUACAAUCUGGACAUUUUGAUCAUUGGAAUUAACCCAGGACUACUGUCAGCUUUCAAAGGACAUCAUUACCCGAACCCAGGAAACCACUUCUGGAAAUGUCUGUUUCUCUCCGGUCUGACUGAACAGCAGCUCAAUUACACACAUGACCAGAGCCUGCCAGAGAAAUACAGCAUCGGCUUUACUAACAUGGUAGAGAGGACCACACCUGGUAGCAAAGAUCUCUCCAGUAAGGAGAUUCGUGAUGGCGGGCGACAGUUACUUGACAAGCUGCAGAAAUACAGGCCAUUAAUAGCAGCUUUUAAUGGAAAAGGUAUCUAUGAAAUCUUUUGCAAAGAAACAUUCGGUGUGAAGGCCAAGAAUCUUGAAUUUGGCCUGCAGCCAUACAGAAUCCCUGAAACUGAAACGGUGUGUUACUUAAUGCCAUCAUCAAGUCCCCGGUGUGCCCAGUUUCCACGUGCUCAGGAUAAGGUGCAUUUUUACAUCAAGCUGAAAGAACUGCGCGAUCAGAUGAAGGGAUUGGCUUCUGGCUGCGAGGUGGAAGAGACACAGUACUCCUUUGACCUACAGCUGGCUAAAGAGGAUGCAAAGAGGAUUGCAAUCAAAGAAGAGCAAGUCGAUCCAGAGUACGAGAGCUGUCAUGGGCUGCACAAUGAUGUGAGGCAAAACAGCUAAGAUGGAGGGGAGGAAAAAAGCAGGCAUGUCUGCUCCAGUACUCAGCUGAACAACUAGCAAGACACAUGAAUGAGGAGAAGAAAUUAUGUCACAAGAGAAUAGGGAGCCGUGCUGUUCAAGAGGCAGUGCAAUCGGAUGCACAUGAAACAAAGAGCCCACACUCUUAGAUUUAACAGUCAUGCGGAUGUUUUUUUAAGUUCCUUUUUGUUAUUAUUUAUUGUAUUUAGUUUUUUUUUCCAACUACUUGUUUUCUAUUUUGAUAAAAUUGUAUUUGAUCAUUUAUUUGAUGUGUAAAAAUAGAAUUGGACUAUGUAAUUUCUCAUUGGUAAGUACAGCUUGAUUAAAUCGUUAAAGCUGUCUUAUUUUGUGUCUCAUUGAGUAUUAUAUUGUCAAUAUGCAGGCGAGGAUGCAUUGAUGCAAGAGAAAGCAGCCCUUUUUUUCUGCCCCAGAAAAGCUUGGGAUUAAUUUUGGGACUACAGCUCCCAAGAGCCUCUACAGUGAUGAACUGAUACCAUCCACCUGCGUUGAGGUCAUUCCGUCAAUCAGGAGGAGCCACACACAGAAUUUAAUGAGCCAGGAACGACGGGGAGCACGUCGUUACUGGCCUGCUCCCAUGCCUCUGUGUCAAUUUGGAAACUGCUGUUUAGAAACUGCUGGGCAUUAGAAUUGAAUUUUGUCUGUGUGGAAUAACUGUGUUUUGGUUUGUUUUAACUGUCUUGCAUUCGAUGUUAAGAACAGUUGGUUUGCGUUCUUUUUUGGUCCCCUUUUGGUAUUUGAUUGCCGUUUUUGUGUUAAUUUGUUGAAUCAGGAUUUUUAACAUUAGUUAAAAAAAAACUUUUUUGAUAUCCAGGUCCCCCUUUAAUUGGAUUGAUCCCA